AUGCACGUUCGCUGGUUGCUGGCCGCCUCCCUGGCGGCUCUUGUCUGCGCAGUCAGCGUGGUUGAAGUGGACUUGGUCUUCCCUCGCAACGAAACAUACUCUCCAACCGAGGCCUUUCCCAUCGUGUGGGCCAUCCAAAAUUCCGCAAAGGCGCAAUUGCUCAACCCUCGGGUUACAUACAGAAUCAACCGCUGGGCCAACAGUGGCGAGGCCUUUAACAACACGGGUCCUAUUGCGGUGUACGAAGCCAAUCUCUCUAGCAGUGACCCUUACCUGUUCUACCAAUUCCACGAGGCUUUGACCCCCGGGCAGUGGUGGCUGACCUGGCAACUUCACUACCAAUCCUGCGACGUGGAAGCCCUCACCGACCAUUCCCCCUUUGGCGAUGAUGGUGUCCUCACCCACACCUCCGGCUGGUCCAGGAUGUUUACCAUCUCAAACUCGACCUCCGCCCCUGACAAGGAAGUGGAUCUGGUCGCUGCUACGGCGGACACCAGCUGCCCGGAUGAUUUGAACGCGGUGGUCAUCAACGUGACCGAUACCACGAUGCAAUCCCCUCCGAACCUCAAUUGGGCGGAUCGCGAUACAUGCGCGGUGACGACGAACUCCAACUCCGGCACCCCCGUCCACACCCCCAAUCCGUGCGGUGUCUCCAUCUCCCCUGAGAUGGCGGCCAGUAUCUCGGCCAAUUUGACUGAUCGAAGAUGCCGUGCCAUGGAUGCUCCUGAUGACUGCCCCGGCAAUGCGGCCCAGCCGUUGAUGGUUCUCGGUGUAUCUGGACUCCUCGUCACCAUUGGAGCCGCUGCUUUUACCAUAGUGCAUUCUUGGUAG